GUGGUAAAUAAAUUGAAAAAUCUGCAAGGAUUCGGCAAAAGGACGCUGGCCAAAUUAUUCUUCGUAAAACGUUUCGCCACAGCACGACAAACUUUCUACAUUGACAAUGGCGACUGCUAUGCCCAUAAACCCGAAACCAUUCCUGAAUGGUUUGACGGGCAAACCAGUGAUCAUAAAGCUAAAGUGGGGUCACGAGUACAAAGGAUUCCUGGUGUCCGUCGAUGGCUACAUGAACAUGCAGCUCGCAAAUACGGAAGAAUUCGUGGACGGACAAAACACGGGCCACCUCGGCGAGGUGCUCAUCCGGUGUAAUAACGUGCUGUACAUACGCGGUAUAGACGACGAAGACGAGGAAGGCGAAAUGCGAGAUUGAGAUAGUAUUUAGAAUAAACAUAUUUUCUGUAUUUCGAUGUACAAAACUUGCUUGCUACUGUGAGCUACCGUAAAUGUGUGGAAGUUUUUCCGUUUCCAUUGGAAAUUCGCCGCUCUGAAUGUGUCGGGAUGGGAUG